UGUUGCUGCAUAAUAUAUUCCCUGGUUUUAUCUAUUUAUAUUAGACCUCCAAAGUCACAACAGAUUGAAUGCUCCUUUCAUAACCAAGAUAUGAUUAUACACAACCAAAAUCUCUAAUUUUCUCCAAGUGUUGGUAGAAAUAUUAAAGAAAAAUGAAGGAAUUUGAGUAUAAAGAGCUUGUAAAAGCCACAGAGAACUUCUCACAAUCAAAACUCAUUGGUAAAGGAAGCCAUGGUUUUGUAUACAAAGGCAUCUUAGAAGAAGGUAAGAUCAUAGCCAUAAAGAAACAAUCAUUGGGUCUUCAAAAAAUUCAGGACAACUCCAAACUCAAAAACGAAGUAAGUAUUUUAUCGUCUUUGUCAGAAAACUCUUUCAUAGUUAAUUUUCUUGGAACGAGUUGUCAUUAUCAUGACGACUCGUCCAAGAAUGAAACUUUUCUCAUCAUGGAGUACUUGCCAAAUGGCACCCUUUAUCAAAUGCUUCAUGCACAAAAUAAUAUCCUUCCUAAUUGGCCUAAACGUGCCCAAAUAGCCAUUCAAGUUGCUAAAGCAAUUCAAUUUCUUCACCAAACUAAGCCUAAUUCAAUUGUUCAUAGAGAUAUAAAGUCGGCCAAUAUUUUGUUUGAUUCAAAUUGGAAUGCUAAGUUGGCUGAUCUUGGACUUGCCCUAAGGAUGAAAAUUGAUCGUGAAAAUCGCCAUGAUGACGAGUCACCGAUUCAUAGUUCCAACUCAGUGGCUCGUCCUGCUGGCACGAUCGGAUACCUCGAUCCUGCUUACACCAAACCAAGCAAAUUAAGCACGAAAAAUGAUGUAUUUAGUUUUGGGGUCUUACUAUUUGAGAUUAUGUCUUCAAGAAAAGCGAUCGAUGUAUCGAAAUCGCCCGUUUCUAUAGUUGAUUGGGCAACAAAAUUGAUUAAAGAGGGACAAGCUUUGGAAAUUUGUGAUAAAAGAAUGCAUGUGCCAUGGUACAUGGAGGCCACGAUAAAGAACAUGUUAAGCAUAGCCACACGUUGUGUUUCUCCAAAGAAAAUAAUGCGACCAUCAAUUGAAGAAAUUGUGAUGGAAAUGGAGAAUGUGAUAAUUGAGCCAAUUAAGUAUCCUUUAUGGAAUAUAUUACGAGGCCUAACACUUUUGAAAAGGAAAAGAAAAAGAUGCAGAAAAAAUUGUAGUAUUAUUACUACAAAUAAUGUUACCAAGACAUGUGCACAACAUGAAAAGAAGUUGAUUAGGGAAAUAUUGGCGGAUAAAGUCACAGAGUAAAUCGAGAGGCGAAUUCAGAAUAUUGACUUUUUAUUAUUUAUUAGAUUUUUGCAAUUUUGUUAAUUUUAUCCAAAAAAAAACCUA